AUGGCAACUCUCGCGGAACAUCCCAUGCUCAACACGGCAUCGCCCAUGCCCAUGAACACUUCCUUCGAUCAAGACCUCGACUCAUUUAUCAACUUAGACCAACUCGGCUAUACUUCAGCAGACGCUGCUCGGCCCAAGCUGGCGCUCGCCGGUCAACCUACAGUCACUGGAAUCGAAUACAACGCCAGUGAUGCCCGCAGCACAAGUUUUGCCUCCAGUGCUCAUUCACCCCUUGUGUUUCCCGCCCCCAGUCACCACUAUGAAGAGCACCACCAGCAGACAGGUCUUCCACCAGGGGCCCUAUCAUUGACCUACAACCACAUCCCCCAAAUGAACUUCAACAGCGGCGCCCAAGGAUUCCCCAUGAUGAAGCGAGAGAAUUCCAUGUUCAACUUCAAUACGGCUCCAUCUCGCAACCCCUCCGAGAUGGAACUUGAGCCGGAUGGUAUGAAUCAUGUCCCUUUCUUGUUCCAGGCUGGCGCUGGAAAGAAUCAAUAUGUCGACCCGAACGCGCUCGGAGGCCAUGAGCUGGCUCAGGCUGGUCCGUCCACUCAGGUCGGUCGAAUGUACCCGGGUAUGCAUCAGCAGCAGGCUGCGAUGGCAAAGGCAAUGCAACAGAAACAGAGCGAUUUGAUGCGUCAACAACAAAUGCAACAGCCGGCUUCAAGGGAGACUUCUAUCUCGGCGCCAACCCAAGACUCGCGUCAACCGGAUCCGAUCGUCGAAGAGCGAAUUUCGCGAUUGCUUCAACAGAUGCGUGAGAACGCCGGCGCAGCGGGUGACGCCUCCCCCUCUCCCUCCUCCAUCCUGCCUCACAUGGCCAAGGCCAAAAAGGACGAGGCGGACAUGGACGAGGAUGAGCGCCUUCUGGCCAGCGAAGAAGGAAAGAAAUUGAGUAGCAAGGAACGUCGUCAGUUGCGGAAUAAGGUGUCUGCACGUGCGUUCCGCUCGCGUCGCAAGGAAUAUAUUGGUCAACUGGAGAAUGAGAUUACUGCCCGAACCAAUGAGGCCCAUGAGCUGCGGCUCCAAAACAAGGCACUCUUCGAAGAGAACGCUCGCCUCAACGACCUCGCUCGCAUGCUUCUAGGCUCCCCCCACUUUGCUAGCUUCCUUAAUGACAUGCCUGACACGCUGGGAGCUUCUGCCCAGCAGCCACAACCCCAGCAAUCGCAACUGCAACCCCAUCAGCAGCAAUCUCAGCCGUCUCAACCUCAAAUUGUCACUCAGCCGCCGAUGUCUGCAACUAUCCCCAUCGAGGCCAGCACUGCGAGCUCCCAGCAAUUUCCCUUGCAGCCCACCCCUCAGGUCAGCAUGCCUAUGGUCCCCAAUCCAGGUAUGGAUCCGUCGGUGAUAACCAGCAACGGUUGGAACUCGGGCAUCGACAUGAACUUUGGCAAUGCUCACGUGUUUGCCGUUCUUGAUGUCCCCUCGGGACCCGAGCUCGAAAUCGAGGCUCUCUGCGGCAAACCUUCCGCCCCCUGUUCCAGUGACAAGAACGAGAUUACGAUUCCCGACCUUCCCGACAUUCCGGAUCUCGAUUCCAUCGUUGAAAAAGCCGAAUCCAGCCUCUAUGAUGACUCUGGGUCAAGUCUCUUCGCCGACACUCCUGCCUCUUCAAAUGCUGGAGACUCCGCUCUUGUCUUCGAUGGAAUUGCUGUUGAGAAGUCUCGCAUCAAUGUGGAGUUGGUGACUGAGACACCCGACCAGAUCACCGCUGCCGACCGCAAUCGUUUGAGAACACUCUGCCAGAGCAUGCAUGCCGCCUUUGAGAGAGUGUCAACAAUGACAUCUCACCUGCAGUGA